GCGGCCGUGGCAGAAGAAGCCGCCUGGGAGAGUCUGAGGCAGCGAGCGGCUGCGGCGACCCUGGCCUGGACCUGCCCCGGCGCGGAAGUGCUCCGGGGUUCGUGGGGAGCUGCUGAGGGGAGCAGCGGCCCGGCCCGCGCGGGGCAAGAUGUUGAACAUGUGGAAGGUGCGGGAGCUGGUGGACAAAGCCACCAAUGUGGUUAUGAAUUAUUCAGAAAUUGAGUCUAAGGUUCGAGAAGCAACGAAUGAUGAUCCUUGGGGACCUUCUGGGCAACUCAUGGGAGAGAUUGCCAAGGCUACAUUUAUGUAUGAACAAUUUCCAGAACUUAUGAACAUGCUGUGGUCACGAAUGUUAAAAGACAACAAAAAAAAUUGGAGGAGAGUUUAUAAGUCAUUGCUGCUCCUAGCUUACCUCAUAAGGAAUGGAUCAGAGCGUGUUGUUACAAGUGCCAGAGAACACAUUUAUGAUUUGCGAUCCCUGGAAAAUUACCACUUUGUAGAUGAGCAUGGCAAAGAUCAAGGUAUAAACAUUCGCCAAAAGGUGAAAGAAUUGGUUGAAUUUGCCCAGGAUGAUGACAGACUUCGUGAAGAACGAAAGAAAGCAAAAAAGAACAAAGAUAAAUAUGUUGGGGUUUCCUCAGACAGUGUUGGAGGAUUCAGAUAUAGUGAAAGAUAUGAUCCUGAACCCAAAUCAAAGUGGGAUGAGGAAUGGGAUAAAAACAAGAGUGCUUUUCCAUUCAGUGAUAAAUUAGGUGAACUGAGUGAUAAAAUUGGGAGCACAAUUGACGACACCAUCAGCAAGUUCCGGAGGAAAGAUAGAGAAGACUCUCCAGAGAGAUGCAGUGACAGCGAUGAGGAAAAGAAAGCAAGAAGAGGCAGAUCUCCCAAAGGUGAAUUCAAAGAUGAAGAAGAGACUGUGACGACAAAGCACAUCCACAUCACACAGGCCACUGAGACCACCACCACAAGACACAAGCGCACAGCAAACCCCUCUAAAACCAUUGAUCUUGGAGCGGCAGCACAUUACACAGGGGACAAAGCAAGUCCAGACCAUAAUGCGUCAACUCACACACCUCAGUCUUCAGUCAAGACCUCAGUGCCUAGCAGCAAGACGUCUGGUGAUCUGGUUGAUCUCUUUGAUGGCAACAGCCAAUCAGCAGGAGGAUCAGCUGAUUUUUUUGGAGGAUUUGCUGACUUUAAUUCAGCUGCUGCGUCAGGCAAUUUCCCUUCCCAAGUAACAGCAACAAGUGGGAAUGGAGACUUUGGUGACUGGAGUGCCUUCAACCAAGCCCCAUCAGGCCCUACUGCUUCCACAAUAGAGUUCUUUGGUAGUGCCUCCCAGCCAGCUGUAGAACUUGUCAGUGGCUCACAACCAGCUCUAGGCCCACCUCCAUCUGCCUCAAACUCUUCAGACCUUUUUGAUCUUAUGAGCUCAUCUCAGGCUACCAUGACAUCUUCCCAGAGUAUGAAUUUCUCUAUGAUGAGCACUAAUACUGUAGGUCUGGGUUUGCCCAUGUCAAGAUCACAGCCUUUGCAAAGUGUUAGCACAAUGAUGCAGAAGCCUAAUCCUCUCUAUAAUCAGAAUACAGAUAUGGUCCAGAAGUCGGUCAGCAAAACCCUGCCGUCUACUUGGUCUGACCCCAGUGUAAACAUCAGCCUAGACAAUUUACUACCUGGUAUGCAGCCCUCCAAACCCCAGCAGCCAUCACUCAAUACAAUGAUUCAACAGAAUAUGCAGCAGCCUAUGAAUGUGAUAACCCAAAGUUUUGGAGCCGUGAACCUCAGUUCUCCAUCAAACAUGCUUCCUGUUCGGCCCCAAGCUAACCCAUUAAUGGGGGGAACCAUGCCUAUGAGCAUGCCCAAUGUGAUGACUGGCACCAUGGGAAUGGCCCCUCUUGGAAAUACUUCAAUGAUGAACCAAAGCAUGAUGGGCAUGAACAUGAACUUAGGAAUGUCAACUGUUGGGAUGGGCCUGACAGGCACAAUGGGAAUGGGCAUGCCCAACUUAGCCAUGACUUCUGGAGCUGUGCAACCCAAGCAAGAUGCCUUUGCAAAUUUUGCCAACUUUAGCAAAUAAGACAUUGUAAAGGGACAGAUUGAAUGAAGGAUUUUUAGCUGUGCAGAUAGGUGAUGUUGGGAUAGAAAAUGCUAAUCAACCCCCUUUCCUUUAUCAAUCAAAACAAGCCUAUACAGAGAACUAAAAAGGCUUUUUUUCCCCCCCAAUAAAAGUGAAAUAUCUAGUAUUUCAGAUGCCCUGACAAGGGCCCUUCAGAUGAGGCAGUUAGGAUCAUUUUUCCUAUUGAGCAUGAGAUCACAAGUGGGUUAGUGAGACCAUUAAAAGCUUUUAUCAACUGAAAGCUGGUUUUAACAUCAUAAUUUGUGGGAAGACUGGGAUAGGGCUGAAUAAAUGUUUGAAUCUCUAAUUUUAUACUUUUCUUUUCCUGAGGAACUUGAUUUUUCUGUCCCUGAAUCUCCUUGUCAUAAUUGGGUCUGUUCCUUUUACUACCACUCUUGAGUCCAUAUAUGAAAUUAUUAAAGUUGGUUGACCAGUUUUUUAUAAAAAUAUAUAUUUUUGUCCAAAAAAAAAAGGCAUACAUAUGUGAUUGUGGCUAAAUCAAAGGUAACUGGAAUGUAUAUACUUUUGCUAAUGUUCCAGCAACACUGCUAUUAUACUACCCAAAUUUUUAUUAUAACAAAACUUCUAAGCAAUUGGUGAUAGUUAUGGGACUUUUCCUAUAUCUUCUGCUAGAAUAGUUAUCCUGUGUUUAACUUGGGGGAUUUCUCCCCCCCCCCCCCCCCCCACACCUAGGACUGCUUUAUGGUUUCCUUUAAAAGAAGCAAGGCGGAGGUGGGAAACUCCAGUAUUGUUGGUUUGUUUUUAGUAGUCAUUAUUUAUAAUUUGCAGUGACAGACUUACAAGGAUGCCUUCUGUGUUUAUCCUAUAGUCACCAUUUAACAGGAACAAGUCAAAGGGGGGGGGGGGAUUUUUGGUGUCUUUUAAAAAAAAAGGUAGAAAUCCACUAAAUCCUUAAGUUAAAUAUAAAUGUAUUACUCAGCACUGUUGGCUUUUAGAUUUUAUAUUUGUUUUGUUUGGGUUUUGAGUGUAUAUAAUAUGGCAUUAGCAGUAUGGUUCCAGUAGAGAGGAAUUAAAUACAUUAUCAAAGGAGACCUGUAGCAGUCAAAGAUUUUAUUGAUUUAAUGGAAAAUAAAGGAAAUUAAUUAAAAUGUUUUUCUUUUCCUGAUGUAAUUCUGCAUUAAGUGCACAUGAAAAUCAUGAUUCUAGAGUUUGGAAUGCAAAAAUGAAUUGUUUCACCCUUAAGAUGGGAAUAUUUUUAAAAUAAAUACUAUAAUAUAGGUAUCAAAUUAUUACCCCCCCACUUUGUGUUGAAAUUUUUUUAUUAAAUUGAUAAAACUUUGUUUCCAUUGUAUUCAUGUUCUGUUAUACAUAAUAUUAAAAUGUUCAUUAAAAUCAA